AUGCACAAGCCUAUGCCCAUACGGAGGGUAAGCCCCUUGACCUGGGUCAUCGUAGCAAUCUUUUCCCUCGCUGGCGUCAUUUCAAUAUACCACGGUUUGGCAUCCUCGCAGAAGGAUACGAGCUUCUUCGAUCGCAUCAAUAUUAUCAAACCUUCAGAAGCGGAUACAACCCAAUCGGUACAACCGAACCAGAAUGUGACAGUACACGAUGAGCCAGAAGAAGAGGAAGACCGCCCGCUGGUCCUCUAUGCAUACCACGAAACCGAUAACGCCCGUGAAAACCUUCUUUUCUUUAUCAGGCACGGCCUUCAUGCUGAAGCGGAUUUCAUCUUCAUCCUUAACGGUCCCACCACCAUUAAAUCUUCGAUCCCGAUAAAUAAGCCAAAUAUCAGAAUUACUGAAAGGAAUAACACCUGCUUCGACCUUGGCGCGCAUGCAGAGGUGCUGAACAAGGAGAAUAAAUUUCUCAUCCAAAAAUAUAAGAAAUUCAUCUUGAUGAAUGCAUCGGUUCGAGGGCCUUUCUUGCCGACAUGGAGCAGAGAAUGUUGGACGGAUACUUUACUCGCCAAAGUCACGGAUAAAAACAAAUUAGUAGGAAUAAGUUACAACUGCAAUGAACCCCGCCACGUCCAAUCCAUGGUUCUCACCACUGACAGUAUCGGUCUCUCCCUUCUCUUUCCCAAAAUAAACCGCUGCUUUAAUACCCUUGGAAAUGCCGUUACCGGCGAAACUUCGAUUACAGGCGCCAUAACCCAGGGCGGAUACAAUGUCACCGCGCUCAUGACUGCUUUUAGGUCAUCUGAGGACUAUGCGAAUACCUGCACACACGGAGACAUAUAUUGGAAUAAAUCGUACUACGGAAUAACAGUACACCCGUAUGAAGUAAUGUUUCAGAAAGCGAACAGAGAUAACGACCCUGAUGUGUUAGCCCGAUUUACGGAGUGGACUGAUGGAAUGCAGUACAACAGUUGGACGGUUUGUAGGAGAGCAGCGAAUGUUAGGAAGGCGGUAAGGGAGAUGAAGAGGAUGGGCAGCGAGCUAGAUUUUGGGAUGUGA